AUGGACGAAGGGCAGUCGGCGCUCAGCAGGGCAGAGUUGUAUUCACGCUUGCAGGCCGUGCUUGGCGCCGGGAGUGCAUACAGAAUCCACCAUCUCUCGACGCGGCCGACCAAGGCAGACGCCCUGUUUGCUGCUCCCCCGGCCACAAGGCCGCAACGCACCAAAUGCGAAUCUCACUUUCUCACUCUCUCUUCCACACGCAAUGUCUUUGUCUACGCCAUCGAGGUCCUCGUCUACACCACUGCCUCCCUGACCACCCUGUUCGUCUCCAAGGCCGACUCGACCGGCUAUCUGCCCAGACAAGAGUCGCCUAUCCGUCCACUUACCUCGACCUUCGUCACAUGGCUUGCCGAGACUAGGCAGAGACCUGGCAUCCCGCUUGUCGUUUCGCUCUUUGCCAGAGCACAGGAUCAAUACCUCUUUCCCGGGAGUGUCGACCAUGGUGCAAAGCAUGUCCUGGAUGAUCGUCAGCUCGUCAAGUGGUGGUGCAAGACUCUCGACCCCGUUCUGAGGCACCACACCGACGAUGCGUACACCACUCGCGCCCAUGUCAUCGUACCUGGCUUCGAUUCCUACGAGACCACCCAGUUCUUUCCUCCCUCUUACCGCUCCGAUCCGCCCGACCAACGCAGAUGGCGACACGGCCAUCCACUUCUCGACAUCGCUCCCAAUCCCUCCGCUCCGCCUCGCUGUCUCGUGCCACACUUCCCCGACGAUCCCAAAGCUCGCUACCUCGAUGAACUCGAUGCUGAAAUACCCGACUCGCAACCUUCGCAGUCCUUCUUUUCGCCCUCCAAGAAAGGCAACGGCAUGUGGAAGAGCAUAAGGACUCUGGAUCAGUUCUGGGACACCAUGGCUUUUAGACAAGAGUGUUCCUCUGGCAGAAUGGUCGGUUUCAUCUGGCUCGUCUUCACGCCGACCCAACCCACCAUCCAGUCGUUGGAAGACUCUGUCGCAAACCUGACGCCAGCUACUUCCUUCAAUGCAGACGACUUGCUCGGAGCAGAUCAAAUCUUUUCAAGCCAGGAAAGCCUUGGUCAAGCCUCAGAGGCUAACAAGUCAAGUCCAAGGAAGAGUUCGAGGAGGAAGAAGCUGUCAGGACCAAUCAUACCCCGUCAACCAAAGAUCAAAUCGUCUUCUUCAAAUCUGUCUUCGCGCUCGGACAAGUCUAAUAGCAAAGAGUGGCCAGAAAAGGGUCGCGGUCAGAUCUUGCUCGAGCACGCGUCCUACACCAGAGUCCAUGACUUGCUGUUACGCCUCGACUUUUCGAAUGUCGAUGCUGCCACUAGCAGUACGCGCAAAUGGCUCAGUGAAGUUACAGCAAUCACGAUGCCCACUGCAGACUGGGGCAAAGAAAUCACAGGCGCGCAGUCAGACGUAGAUCGCACUGCCGUCGUAACAGGGGCCGCGACAUCCACAUCUGACCAGGUCAAUGAUUUGUCUGGCAUGUUGGUUCGCAAGAAGAGGAAGAACAUUGACGUUGGAGUCCAGGCAUCGGCCGCUGUGGAAGCACCCGCCGUGAAUGUCUUAGGAGCGUCCAUGAUUCGUAAGAAGCCAAAGGUCAGCAAUUCUUGA